AUGGCGUCGUCGGGCGGACGGACAUUGCGGGUGACGGCCACAGGCUCCAACAUGACCACCGAGCGGAAGAAUAAGGGUGCGACGUGGCUGGAGGCAUGGACAGACGCCAUUGCCGGCUUGCGGACACGACCGGCUUGCAUGGCUCUCGGCGACAUCCAUGGGAACGGCGAGUCUUCGUUGGUGGUCGGCGACUUCAGCAAAGUCCUCAAGGUCUUUACUGGCAAGGCUCUGGCGCACGAGUCGCGCUUGCUGGAUCCUCCCACGGCGGUGGUCACGUUUCACAUCGGUGCGUCUGGCGGUGGCGGCGGUGGCGGCGGCGGCGGUGGGGCCGGUGCCGGCAGCUCGGCGGUUGGUGCGGCGUCGGCGGCGGUGGCAGUGGCAUCAGGCGACGCGGUCUACGUCUUUCGCAACAUGCACCCGUACUACAAGUUUUCGCUCCCACCGGCACCGCUUGUGCCCGGCGAGACCGAGCUGUGGGCCAAGAUGCGGCAGCAGCCGCCGACGGUCGACCUGGCCGACGCUGCGGCCGAGCUGCGCGCGCUGUACGACACUGCGCCACACGACGCGCUCUCGUUCCUCUCUCUCGACGUGAUGCAGUGCAGUUCGCCGAGCGAGAUCGAGGCGUACAUCGACAAGACGCGCGGGGUGGCGCUGGAGCGACCGGGCGUUAUCACGUGCAUGGCGACGCUCCAUCGCAACUUUGACGACGACGCCGACAAGACCAUGCUGGUCAUCGGGACCGAGGACCGGCGGGCGCUCAUUCUCGACGCCGCGUCGCGUGGACUAGAGAUUGCUGUGCAGGUCUCGCUGCCGUCGGCGCCGGCGUUUGUGGCGGUGGCCGGCCAGUACUCGGUCGGCUACCGCAUCACCUUUGCCUGCCGCAACGGACGGGUGUACACGCUCAAGGCUGGGCGCUGCAGGGCAAGGCCAUCGAGCUCGAACGGUGCUGGUGGGACGGCCGACGCCAAGGUCCACGCCUUUCACGCCAAAGGCAAGAAGCGGUACUCGCUCCACUUUGACUCGCCCAUUCUCUCGAUGGCCAAGAUCUUUCUCAAGAUGCGCAAUCUGACCUCGCUGGCAGUGGCGCUGGCCUCGGCCGAGCUGCGGAUCUUCUCGGGCCGGGCCCUGGUCUCUGUGGUCCAGCUCAACUCACCGGCGGCCGGCAUGGUCUUUGGAUGCUACCACCGCGAGCAGCGGACGCUGCUUAUUGCGCACGAGUCCGGGGCGCUCUCGGUCAAGAUGCUCCCGCGCUCGCAAGUCUCUGCACUGACCUCAUCGGCAGGAGCGACGGGCCCGCUGGCCGAGCAAACCGUUCCGCUCGCCCUUCCGCAGCGGACGCAGGUCUGGCUGGACCAGGCUAAGCGUGAGCACUCGGCCGCACUCGGUAUGCACCAGACGUACCAGAAGGCGCUCUUCCAGCUCAAGCUCAACACCCUUCGCGAGUACGUCAAGCUCCUGCAGCAGUCGGCCGGCACGUCGGCGUCGGUGACGGCGGCGGCGCUGCCGUCGGCGAGCGAUAGCGAGGCCGCGCACCACGCGCCGCAGGUCACUCUAUCGCUCCGGCUCCUGGCCCAGAUUGUGGGCCUCGGCCCGUCUUUCCUUGUCAAGAUCACCGUGACCAACUCGUCGCCGUCGGCCGCUUCGGGCCUCUCGGUCGUCAUCGGGCACAACCCCGAAGUGUAUAGCAUGCCGCGGUCUAUUCUUCCACUCCCGCUCCUGGUUCCAGGCGUGCCCUACGUCCUUGCUCUCCAGCUCAAGUGUCUGGUCGAGGGAGCCUCGGACGCCAUCACCGCUCUUGUCGUCAACUCGGGCUCGGACGUCCCGCUCAUCUCGUACAAGCUCCAGGUUCCUGUUGCUGAAGUCAUGCUCGAUAUUUAG